GGUGUUUUACGCCGUACUCAAAAAUAAUUCACUUAUACGACAGCGGCCAUCAUUAGAGUGGGAGGAAACCGAACAGAGCGCGGGAUCAACUCAGGGUUAUCCGCAGGUUGCUGGCAGACGUUCCCCAUGUCUGUAGAGGAAACCAGCAUGGGCUGGACUUGAACUCACAACGGUUUCAGUUGUGAGAUGCUCUUGGGUCAUUGUGCCACGCUGGAACACUAACCACCUAGGCCAGGAAAGCCUCAUUACUGAUGAUAUAUGACAGUCAGACCUCACGAGGUCCAGGAGCCAGGAUGACCACAUAUCCAACAUGCUAACAGACAUAAGACAGUAGCCAAUUUGGAACUUCAGGUCAACAGACAAUGAACUUGAUGAAAUAUGGAUAGAUCUUUACCUGUGGGAUGAUCGACAGCUACGACCCUAAGCAUUGUAAAGGAGUAAUUGGACGGGAUGGGGAAAUUUAGCUGAAACAAGGAACAUGCUUCCAUGGCUAAAGGUGCUGCCAGUCUGAAAAUGGUGGUUUUCAUUUCACACUGAGAUGCCAGUCCUGGUAAUGACAUCGGUUGGGGCGCACAUGUGGGAACAAAUGAAAACAAAGAAUUUUUACGCUGCUCUGCUGUUGGUGUUUGUGUCACUGGUGGCAGUGUGGCUGGUAGUUAGUCCAGCUCCAGAUUUGCAUACCAUCGUCUCAGAUGCUCACAAAAAAAUAUCCAACCUGAAAAAUUUACGCCCCAAUCUCAAGAAGGCUCAGGAGGUUGAGGUUGACCAGGUCUACCUUCACCUUUUAGGAUUCACAAAAAAUCCUGUGCUUUUUCCCAACAAAGUGUUCAGGGCCACUGAUGAGCAGCUACCUGUGAUCAGUAGCAGUAUUGCUUCAGGGGAGAUAACCCAAGCUAUUCAUCUGCUGAAGACAGCUCACAGAUUUUUGCCUUCUAAACUUGUCCUCUUCUUUGACCUUGGACUUGACUACAGCGACCUUUCUUUGUUGCGAAGUCAUUGUAAUUCAUCCACAUCGUGUAUUGUGAAAAAACUGGACUUUUCCAAAUUUCCCUCUCAUGUAGAGUAUAAAUAUAUGAAAGCAUACCGGCCCUUGUGCAUACAGACUGCUCUGAGGGAGUUUGGGUCAGUGAUCUGGGUGGACUCUCACAUGUAUUUCAUAUCAGAUCAGCUAAAUCAGUCUUUGACUCAGGCCCAGGAUGUAGGGUUGGCAGGCUGGGUGAUCAGCAACCCUACAUCAGCUGUAACGCAUCCUAAAAUGUUUGAGUACUUCAAGACUGAGCCAGAUAAAUAUUACUUCCACCAUGCUGUGGAAUUGAACCAUAUAAUUGUGUUCAACACACCGCACAUCCACAAGGAACUCAUGUUACCCUGGGUAAAGUGUGCACUGACUGAAGACUGUAUCAACCCCACUGGGGCUCAGAACACUGGGUGUAACUACAGAAGGCGCCCAUUUUUCCGCUACUCAGGGUGCCAUCAUUACGACAUGUCAGCGCUUAAUAUCAUCUUAGGUUUGAUCUUCAACUUUAGUUCACAACAAUAUGCAGUAAAUGAUGGAGUGCGUGUUUUUGACCCCAUGUAUAAAAUAUCAGAAACGGGUGCCAGAAAUAUUUCUUUUAUUGGCGGAGAUAGAUACAUCGCCGAGUGAUGUGAUCUUCUGUACUCAUGGUGUGUUCAUAAUGUGUUCAUGGUAUGUUCGAAGCGUUUAUUUGCUGGGAUAACUCACUUUUCUGCAUUCUGAACAUACCUGUGGUGGUCUGCCUACAGUCAAUAUGCAGUGAUCCGAAUGAAGCAAGAACCAGAGAUGAACAUAUGUGUGGUUGUAUUGCUACAGUCAAUGUGUCUAGUGUACAGUAUGACAACAUGACGGAGAUACCAGGGAACAGCAGCUGGAGAGAUGAACAUACCUGUGGUUGUCUUGCUACAGUUAGGAUGUGUAGUGUAUACUGUGACAACCAGAGGGAGAUACCAGUGAGGCAAGCACCCAGAGAGAUGAACAUACCUGUGGUUGUCUUGCUACAGUUAGGAUGUGUAGUGUAUACUGUGACAACCUGAGGGAGAUACCAGUGAGGCAAGCACCCAGAGAGAUGAACAUACCUGUGGUUGUCUUGCUACAGUUAGGAUGUGUAGUGUAUACUGUGACAAACUGAGGGAGAUACCAGUGAGACAACCACCCAGAGAGAUGAACAUACCCGUGGUUGUCUUGCUACAGUCAGUAUGUGUAGUGUAAACUAUGACAACAUGACGGAGAUACCAGUGAACAGCACCUGGAGAGAUGAACAUACCUGUGGUUGUCUUGCUACAGUCAGGAUGUGUAGUGUACACUGUGACAACCUGAGGGAGAUAGCAGUGAGACAAGCACCUGGAGAGAUGAACAUACCUGUGGUUGUCUUGCUACAGUCAGGAUGUGUAGUGUACACCGUGACAACCUGAGGGAGAUAGCAGUGAGACAAGCACCUGGAGAGAUGAACAUACCUGUGGUUGUCUUGCUACAGUCAGUAUGUGUAGUGUACACUGUGACAAGCUGAGGGAGAUAGCAGUGAGACAAGCACCUGGAGAGAUGAACAUACCUGUGGUUCUCUUGCUACAGUCAGUAUGUGAGGUGUACACUGUGACAACCUGAGGGAGAUAGCAGUGAGACAUGCGUGUACGUAAUGAUACCUGGAGGGAGUUCUGGAAGAAACUUUGUCGAGGAGCAAAGCAGACUCAAGUGGAUGGAACUUUGGAUGAACAUUUUUCCCAGUGAGAUGAACGUGUGUGAUCUAUCCCAGGUGUGACAAAGUGUUUGUGCAGUACAACAUUUUGAUGUCUUGGGAAAGGUUGGGUGAAAAUCUGGCCAGCUGUAUUUGGUAUGUGUACUCCGAUUUGUGUAAACUCUGUCCAUGAACUACAGUGUGGCAAUGAACACAUAUAUUAAUUUCUGUAAAAGCAAAUGGACAAUGUGUUCUUGGAUCAGCUGAAAUGGCUGAUCACUUGAGCAAUAGUGAUACUUUUGGAACAGUGUUUGUUAGCAAUUUGGCUAUGUUAAAAUGAGGGCCUUGCCCACAAGUGAAAGUAAUCACAGUUUGGGUAGGAAUCACAGUUUUGUCUAGGAAUCACAGUUUGGGUAGGAAUCACAGUUUUGUCUAGGAAUCACAGUUUGGGUAGGAAUCACAGUUUUGUCUAGGAAUCACAGUUUUGUCUGUUUAUGACCUUAUUACUUAUAGGAGGGAUUGAUAAGGAAGCUUUAAAUCUUGACUGACUACAUAUACCUGCCUGACUUCCUUCUAGUGAUCAAAAUUAGAACAAAAACGGAGACCAGGUCAGGGUGACAGGCUAUACCUAAGAGGUAGAUGACAGAAAUUUUAGUUCAUUUCUGGAGCAUUUUUUUCUUACAAGAGUUAAUAUCUAGGUCAUAUAUUGUGCUUCAAAUUUUGUUACUUUUCCCUUUCAAAGAAGAAAAAGUAAGAAACAUUUUUUUGAGUUGCAAUAGGAAGCUCAGCAAACACAUUCCCUAGGUCACCUGAACUUUGUGCUUCUUAUGAGUUGGUGUUAGUGACGUAGUGGGAGAAUAGAGGGGUUAGGUCUGUUGGAUAAGAGUGCAUGUAAAUUAUUUAAUUUAUUGGUAUGAGUUAAAUUCACUGGUGCAAGUUAGUUUGUUAAUGGCAGCUAGUUUGUUGCCAGUAUGUAAUGAUUUGUUCCCAGUACCAGCUGAUUUGUAGCCAGUAAAAGUUGAUUUGUUCAUAUGGUGGGAGUAGGAUGAAUUUCAGGUUUCUCAACAAGUAUGAUUUCUGUUUUCUAGACCUGUGAGAUGCCAGGUUAGGCAGGCUCAGAUGGGUUGCAUGUGUGUACCAGGAAAUAUGUUCUGGAUGUCUACAUGUUCGUGAUGAAGGGGGAUAUAUGGUUUCAUCUUUAGUCUGCUGAAAUUCCUCCAGCAAUACAUUUGUAUAUUAGGUCAUCAUUAAAAAUAUUUUCAUCGAGGGCAACUCAACCGACUGUCCAAAACAGGGUCAUAUUUUGAUGUUUUUAGCUGGCCUUUGGUAGAAUUUCUUCUUUUUUUUUCUUUUUUCUUUCAGUGUUAAUUUCUUUAAAAUUCUUUAAAAUCUUUUCACUAGCCAGGAUAAAGAAAAUAAAUUUCCCUACUGGCCUAUCCGAUUUUUUCUGUUAGAUUUGCAUUUUUCCUACUCUCAUAAAUGUGAAAUGUUCUUUUAAUAGUAAAUAUAAAUGUAUUUCAUUAAACAUCAGUGAACGAAGAACUCUGCUUCUAUGCCACCUACAGGUGUAAGUAUUCACUAGUGGAGUACUCAGCCAAAUUUACUCCAUGUACACUAAAGGGCAUGCUGACAGAUAUGAAUUUCUUCUACUAUGACAAGGAUUACAAUGUACAUUUCAUAUACAACACAAAUGUAUACAUAUCUGGGAAGUGAAUGUGACGAAAGAGUCAAGAAUGCUUUGGAAUGCAUUGUUUGUCUUUUGGGGAUACAAAAUAAACGUUAAAUUAUUUGCAUGUGUAUUUUCAUGUCUAAGAUGUAUUUAGCUUUGCACAACUUUAUGACACAUGUUGAAGAAAAGUAUUAACGCCAUGUUUUGAAGGCCAAUCUGCGGAUAGUCUUGGGUUUCCCCCCACCAUAAUGCUGGCCGCUGCCAUGGAAGUGAAAUAUUCUUGAAUACCGCACAAAACACCAAUCAAAAUAAAUAAAUGAAUCUUUUGCAGGUGUAGUUGGAGUAAAGAUAAUCUUAUAUUUACUGCACGCUGCACUGGUAUGCAGUCAGGUAGUCGGUGAGCACGCUUCUGAAUCAAUUCACAGGGAAAUCCAUGUAGGAGGACUUGUAUGUGGUAAAUGAACUGUCAUGAAAUAUACAUUCUUGAUUUUCCUGCAUAUUUUGCUGAUUACUUUGUGAUACAUCAGGCUGUACAUACAAAUGUAAUAUCUAAUAACAUCACUAGGUAAUAAACAU